CAAGUACUCUCUCCUCGCUUUCUUCCCUUCCAAGUCUUCAGCACCAAAUCUUCCUCGCUUGGUGAGAAGUGACCUCACUUGUUUCAACAUUUUCUCGCGACCGAAAGAAUAUAUUUGGUUGCUCGUCUCCGAAAUUCACUUCCCACUCCCGGCAUCGUUGAACGAUCGAACCGGAAUCAAAAAAAAAAAAAUCUGCAGAGAGAGUCGGCGAUCGCCAUGUGGGUGCAGAUCAUCUGCGGUAUGGUCGUCUACAAGCUUCUCCGGCGAGUCCUCUUCGACGACGAUGCCGUCCCGGACGUCGAUAGCUCCGAUUCGGACGCGAGCUUCGCCGUCGCCAAAAGGUUGGAGAAGCUUUAUGGUGGGAAGACAGUCGUUGGGCUUCGAAUUCCCGAUCCUGACACCGGCUCCCGGCAGCACAUUGAUGUAGUUCUUGUCACCAAAAGGGAAGUGAUGGUGGUGGCAGUGAGGAACUUUUUUGGGUUUGUGGAGGUUGGGAAGGAUGGGAGCUGGGUUUGUACCGGUAACAAGAAACAGAAGCCGGAAAUCCAUCCGGAUCCUAUGCUUGAAAUCAGCAGACAAGUUGGAAUUCUUCAAUCGUACUUGGAACAAAGGGGGGCACCUUUGCCUGAGGGGCACAUAAUUGGCAGAAUAGUACUUCCAAAUCCAAAUUGCAGGCUUGCCUAUUCUAUUGCUUUUCAACCAGAGGUUAUUUCUUUUGAGAAAUUAAGAGAGCUCAAGCCAGAAUGGAAAGGUGGAGUUUCCAGUUGGAUUAAAGAUGCUUUUCAUGGAAGCAAGAGUGUCAUGCAGGAUGGGUCAUAUCAGAAACUUAGUUUUAUUCUCGGUACAUCACCAAUGUGGGAUUGCUUAAGACUUAAAGGUGGCAGAAACAUUCUCGGUGAGUUCCUUGAAUUCAAAGGAAAUCAAGAUGACAUGCAAGCUUUGAGAAAUUUGAAGAGAUCAAAAGUUAGUCAAUUCAUCAUCCAAAAGCCAACUAUGUUAGGGUUUGGUAGAUCAAGAAUCCAGAUCUUGUAUUCACACCGUGAUUAUCGAAGUGAAGGGGCUUCAGCUUCAGCAUGGAAUGAGGUUUCAGUGAAGCCAAAUACUGAGUUUUUGUUUCAGCCAUCAAACUCCAAAAAACCUCUUAAGUUCAAGCUUUCAAGUGCCGUCUCUUUGACACUUGGUGCCUAGUAAUAGUGAAAUUUCAGGAGUUAGGUUUGAAGAACCCUCAUUAACUUCUCAAAUCUCUUGGCUUCGGUUGGUUAUGUAUGUACGUAUAUCCUGAGAAGCUGUGCAAUGCUCCAUUUUCUGAGUUUUAAAAUGUAAAGACACAUCCAGCCUGGUAUUCGGCAGAUCAUUGAUCAGAUUGGUCAAGCUGUUCUUGUAAGAAAAAAAAAAAAACAAUAUUAUGUCUAUAAUUUUUUCACUCUUGUGAGGUGAAUAUUUUGAAAUAAUUUCUUUUUCUCGUGUCCCUAAUAUGAGAUGCUAUUUCACAA